UCUGUGCACACUGAAGGUCCGGAGGUCCUUUGUGGACUUUAUUCCUUGGAUUGCUCGUGGAUUAUGACUGUGGAUCUAAUAUUUACGCUUUUUAGCGGCGCUAAUCCCUGGCGGAGGUUCUCCCAGUGGAUUCUCCUCUGCGGCGGCGGUGACAGUGACGAGGUUAUGAUGAUUGGAAGGCGACGCCUUACGAGGCUCCCUGCCCGUCUCCUACUGAUCUGAGAGGAAGGACAAGCAGUCGCCAUGUCCUCCCACGACUUCCAGUGCUUCAGUGCCGUCUCUGGGGACCCUUCCCCAAAACUCCCCACUUGCAGGCUGCCCCGCAUCGCCCAUCAUGACCCCGUGGCGACCGAAUGUUACCUGUGCUCAGAGUACAGACACGCCCGCACCAUGGAGGCGUUACAGUCUUUGUCGUCUCUCUGUCACUACGACCACCAUCAUAAUCAUCGCCAGCCUCACCAGCAUGUUCGAUGGAGGCCCGGCAGGCCCGACAACAACCCUCUGGCGCCUCAGCGGCACUUAAAGAGGAUAAUCCUGGUGAAAAAUAGCAACCCCUCGGUCAGAAAGACCAUCGUCUUACAACGCAAGGGGCUGCGCAGCUUCGGACUUUUCUUGGAGGAACUCUCCGCGCUCAUGCAGUACCACGUGAGGAAGGUGUGCACUCUGGACGGACACAAGGUUGAAAAUGUGCAAAAUGUUAUGCACUGUCCUGGUGUUCUGAUUUGUGUGGGUCGGGAUCCGUCUCACCCCUCCAUUUUGGAGAGAUUUCGGAAAGCAGCUGAGGACAAAUUGCCAAUGCUGAGUACGAAGGCACGAUCCGCUUGCGGUGUAGACAGUGAUGACGGACACGCCGUUCAACCGAAACUAGAAUCUACCAAUGGUUCCACGAGGCAUUCAGUGUCUUCUGACAAGUCACUUCCAGAUGGAACAGAAUCCUUAGAAGAUGUCACCUCCUGUCCGGCCACUGCUAACAGAAUAAAUGAUGAUGAUGUGGAGAAACUAGUCCGUAUCAACGAAGAUGGCAGCUUGUCUAUGAAGAUGAAAGUGCGCUUUCGACUAGAAAAUGAUGAAACCUUACUGUGGUCGACAGAAGUGAGAAAAAGCUCCAACAGAACCUGCGAGCACCAGGUUCUCGACAGAAGCUGUUUGGGUUCUGAAAAUGUUUCAGAGACGGGUGAGGCACACGUCAGGAGGCGCCACCAAAGACAGGGCUUUGGUUGUCCUCACUGCUGUAAUCAAACAAGAGAGUACAACAUUUGGACUAACACCGCAACAGGUUCUCAGAGAGAAAGUGGCAGCACUCACACAUCAAGCUCAGGCGCUUCCUCGCACAGGGUGGUUUCAAGAAAGAGCAUGGUUGAAAGUCGGAAAACUGUGGCCAAAUCAAGCGAGGAGCAUUUAGAAGAAGUGGUUGAGCAUGUUAAAUCAUUUGAAACGGUGGAGUACUGCGCCAUCCAUAGUGAGUCUUGCAUGAAUACGGUAGACAACUGUGAGGCUGAGCAAGAACGAGAACUUGGAUCUACAAGUGCAUCAAGACAACACUCGCUAAGUGAAAAACCAGAAAAGGAGGAGCUGAAAGGAGAUGCUAUGCCGGAAACUUUGAGGAAAUCAUCGUCAGGAUCUACACACUCAAAGAAAUCCACUAAGAAGUCUAGAAGGUCAUAUGCAUGUCACUGUGGAGCAUCUGAUGGUAGUCAGGAUACACAAAUGCAAACAAAUUCAGAGGAGACUCUUGCUGUCACGUCUGUCCGAUCAAAUUCUGUUGAGUCGAAUGAAUGCAAAGAAACACAUAAUGCAGAACCUGCGGGUGUGGAAGAGGAUCGAUCAAAAAGUGCCAUGUCCGUUCAUUCAAAUGCCUCAACAAAGUGUAAACCAAAAGUCUUAGAGUGCAAUGAAAGACCAUCAAGUCAAACAUCAGCCAAGUCUGAGGUGACAAGUGAACUAUGUCAAUCAGAAAAAGAAGCGGAGGCAGAAAGACCAACAACUUCCUGCUCGUCCAGAUCCACAACUUCAGUUACAUCAAAAGGAUACACUCAUGUGGAUGAGGCUGAAGAAGAAUAUGCCAAAGAACAAGUCCAAGACCAAGCAGAGGAAAGUGAGAGUGGACAGAGAACUCAAAGCCAAAUGUCUAUGAAAUCUUCUAAAAAGUCCAAAUCACCUGAACAAAGUCUAGAAGAAACCUCAGAGGUGAAUACUGAGGGACUAGAAUCUACAAAGGACGUACAAGAUCAAGUAAGAUUAUCGAGUGUCCUUUCAGCGACAUCGACAAAGUCUAAAACCUUGGAGGUUGUCAAAGAAAUACAAGAGGCAUCUGCAAUGUUAAAUGUUGAUGAUUGCCCUGAGGAAGAAACUGAGGAGAGACCUCCAACUACCAUAUCAGUUGAAUCUGUUAUAUCAGAUGUAAGGUCAAGGAAAUCAAAAUCCCCAGAAGUUGAUGCUGAUGGAUAUACUACAGAGGCAACUGAAGGUAGACCACAAAGCACAACGUCAAUCGACUCAGUAGGGUCGGUAAAGAGCAGUAUUUCUGCUACAUCAUGUCAAUCUAAGUCAUCAGAAGCACCAGAUGAUGAAUGUAGAAGUAAUGGAGUGCCAACUCCAGAAGAAACAGCGUGCAACACUUCAGCCAUAGUGAGCAGUUUGGAAGUCAAAGAUAGUGUUUCAAAUCACAAGGUUGAGGAAACAGAGAGGCCUGCUUCAGGAUAUCAUAGUGCCAUGUCAGAAAAAACUGCUGACUCAGAAUUGUCUGCAGAAUCCAUGAAGUCCAGAACCUCUGAAAAUAGGACUGAAGGAAAUGUUGAUGAUGCAGAGAGAGCACAAAGUGCAAUGUCUACCAAAUCAAAGGCAUCCAAGGGAUAUUCUCAAUCCAAAGCCUCUCAGCCUGUCCUUGAACAAAAUGACGAAGACGAUAGUGAGCAAGAUGCUAGCCAGAGGUCACCCAGCGCCAUGUCAACCAAAUCGACCAAGUCAAGCAUUUGUUCGAGAUCAAAUGAGGAUGAGAGAGAACCAAGUGUGAUGUCGGUUAUCUCCCAAUCUGAUGAUGUUACUUCACAAUCAAAUGUUUCAGAAGCUCUUCUGGAAGAUGGUGUUGAUAUACUUGAUGAAGAGACAAAAAGUAGAGUAACAAACGCCAUGUUAGCUCGAUCUAACAAAUCGGCAAGGUCAAUUAAGUCCAAAUACUCUGCUGAUGUUCCAGCGGACGAAACAUCUGAGUGUUCAAUCCAGUCACAGGCUUCUGCAGAGAGACCACUCAGUGCUUUGUCUGCAAAAUCAACAAAAUCGCAAGUUUCUGGAAAAUCUACAAAAUCAGAUGUUUCUGGAAUGUGUGCCGAAGAUGUUGGAGAGGAAGAUGUUGAGAGAUCACACAGUGAGAUGUCAGCUAAAUCUGCAAUGUCUUCUUUUUCGACAAAGUCCAAAGUAUCUAAUAUUUCAGCUAAUGGCCAUUAUCAUCAAGAGAGGGUGUCAAGCAGCAGGUCGGUCAGAUCAGAAAGAUCUGCAGAAACAAAUGUUUCAGCAAAAUCUAAGUCCAUUAAGGACAGUCCAUCUGAUCACGAUAUGGAUUCUCCCGGAGAAAAACUAUGUGAUAGCAGAUCAAUAAGCUCACUAUCAGUUUUAUCAAGUGUUUCAGCGCGGUCAAGUAAGUCCAAAUGUUCAACCAAAGUUCUAGCUGAACAAUGCAGGCCUAAGUCACAUGCUUCUGACGUAUCAUCAAAAUCCGACGUGUCGGAAGUUCUCACUAGAGAAAUCUCAAGUAGAGCAGAGAGUAAAGUGUCUGCCAAAUCCACAAAGUCCAACAAAUCAAAAGUCUCAGCUGACAAAAAUACUUUUUGUCAUGAGCCAGUUGAAAGAGCUUUGAGUAACUUGUCCAUCAAAUCAGCAAUAUCUGCAAGGACAUGUGUCUCUGGAGUGUCUAGGGAUGUUCCUGAGCUGACUAGCGAACACAGCGUUGAAAUCUCUGAAAUGGAGAGUGAAGCACAAGGGAGUUCAAGGCAGUCAGUCGAGUCAGGUGCAUCAGCAAGAGUCAUAGGCUCCAAAACUGAAGAAAGUACUGAAUGUGCAGUUGAUAAUGGGGACGAGGAGCAACUGGAAGCAAAGGAAUCAUUCCAAUCACAAGAUUUUGGUGUGACUGGAGGUGUUUCUAUGCAAAGAUCUGCUAGCUCUUUUUCAGCUAGCUCUACAAAGACAAAGUCUUCAGGCCUCUCUCUGUUUAAUAAAAACAAUGAGAAUCAUGAUGAAAUAUCACAAAUAAGAUCAGCAAGCAAGUUAUCCGUCAAAUCAACCAAGACAAACACAUCUGUCUCAUCAAGAGCAACAUCUGAGGUUCCUUCAGAAGAAAACACUACAAACGGGGAGGAAACUGAGCAGAGGCCGGUGAGCGCUAAAUCAGCCAGAUCUGCCAAAUCAGCACAAUCAAACACUUCAGCAACAUCUUCGAAUAUACUGCAUGAAAACAAUGACGAGAAUACAGAGAAAGCACCAAGUAGUUUUUCUGUAAAAUCAACUAAAUCCAGGAGAUCAAAUUCCUCAGCAACAUCAAAGAAGUCAGAAGCUGCUGCAGAUGAUGCUAUUAUUGAUGCCACUAAAAUCAAAUCAGAUGAAUCAGCAAAGUCUGUUGUGUCUGAAAAAAUUGAAUUGAGAAAAGGUUGUGAAAAAUGUAAAACCCCAAGUGUGAUGACUAUCAAAUCAGAUAUAUCUUUAAAAUCAAGGACAUCAAAUAUAUCACUAAGGGCAGCUGAAAUGCCUGAUCAGGAUGUUAAUGGAAUCAGCGGCACUCCAAGUGUUUUGUCCGUCAAAUCAAAUGUGUCUUCAAGAACCAGAAUGUCUGAAGUAGCCCCGAGCGAACAGACUGAUAGAAGAACCCACAGUGUGAUGUCCAGUGUAUCUGUGAAAUCCAAGAAUUCAGAAGUUCCUGCUGUGGCGGUUGAGGACUCGGAAGACCGAACACCCACAGGUAUGUCAUCCAAGUCCAAAAGGUCAGCUACAUCUCUGGGAAGAAAAAGCCGGGGGAAAGGACAAAAGUCUCUAUCUGUCAAAUCUGUAAGAUCCAAGAAAACUGAAGUUGAUGACAACCAGCAAACCAGCAAAGAUGCAAGCUCUGAGAGACUACCGAAUGGGCCUGCAGACAAAAGUGUCAAAGAGAAUAUAGAUACUGAUGAUGUAGCGAUAGUUCCAUCAAAUUUGCCAAAUGCUUCUCUAACUGAGGUUGUUAGCGAAUGGCUUAAAACCAUACCAGCUGACGGCGAACUGUGCGACUUGGAGGAGUUUGACGAAAACUGUGACACACUCAAAAGCGGCACAGUGGUCGAUGAACCCAAUGAUGACAAAGCAGUUGAGAAUGUAAACAAACCAAAUGAUCUGAACGGUGUUUCUGGAGAUGAACAUCAUAAAGACACGGAUAUAUCAAAUGCAGAUUGUGGAGAUAAUGACCCCAAGAUAUUUUACUCUUCUGUGCAAGUGAUGAAAGUCCUUCUCAAUCCAAAACUGGACAGAUGCAAUAGUUUACCUGAGGUUUCUCCUGCAUAUGGACGCAAAUUAAGCACUUCAGCCAGAGGUUUCUUGGAUUGCCUUGUGAAGUUACAGUUAAUAGACCACGAUCCCAAGAACACAGAUGAAAAAUGUGAACGAUACAAAGCACUGAUGGAGAUUCUUCAAUCCCUUUGGCUGUGCGACUCCUUAGACAAUGAACCUUUGUUAGCAAAGGACCGCCAUUCUGAUGAAGAGUUUAAUCACACGUCCUCCUCUGGCGUAGAUGUCAAUAGUGGCUCCACAGGUUCUGGAAAGAGCAGCGACGGAGUGAAUGGUAAUCAAGCACAAACUAUUGCAGAUGCAUUUGGCAAAGCACAGGAAGUCAACAGGUAUGAAGAAACAGGCAGAGGAGAGGAGGAAUUACCUCAGGGAAACCAAAAGGGAGACCGAUUAACAGAUGAGACCAUUAGAAGUAAUGAUAGCUCAAGAGAGAUGUCUGAAAGCCCACUCUCCUCAGGCAAUGGUCAGAGGUGUGAUACAGGCUCCAUGUCUGAGAGUCCGGUCCAAUCCAGUAAACAUAUUUGUCAAGACCCUGAUCCUGUUUGGGUCCUGAGUUUACUAAACAAAAUAGAGAAGCAGUUUAUGACUCAUUACAUCAAUGCAAUGAGUGAGUUCAAAGACCAGUGGAAAAUUAACGAUAAUGAGCAGCUGGACAGAAUGAUAGGAGAAAUUAAAAAUGUGAUUGAAACACGCAUCCAAACUAGCAUACACAGAGAACUGGGCAAGAUCAAAGGUCGAACAGGCCUACCAAGACCUCCGAAAGAAACAAAGUCCAGGCCUUCAACGACCCAGACGGACGAAAGGAGACGAAAGCUUAAGAUGAAAGCCAAACAGUCAUUUGAACCACAGUCAGGAAAAAGCGACGAUUCGGCUAUGAGCACAGUUUACAGCGAUCAGCGUGAAGAAACCGAGGAUGAAAGCUGCCCAUGCGAAUCGUGCGAUAAGAAAAAAAUGGCACAGACAACUCCAUUGCUUGGGGAAAUGAUGAGUACUGCCCCUGUUUUAAUGGACUUUGAUUUGAAGAGAAUUCUUCAGAUGAAGAAUGAUGAUACUACAGACCACUCUUUACCCAAUAAUGAAACCAAAGCAGCAGCAACGCUUAUCGGACAGAUUCUGGAGAACGCCAUAAUGGAAAUGGAGGAAGAUCAAAAAGAUGUUGUAGACAAGGCAAAUGAGGGUGAUAUCACAGGUGGAAAGGUUUCUGAAGCCAAAGAUGAAGAAGAAGCCACCCUAAGUGAGGACCAAAUUGAAGCUCCAGUUGAAGAUAAUUUCACCACUAAUGCUGAUAUGCCGCUAGAAGAAGUGGGGGAAGCAUGUAAAGUUAAGACUGUCAUUUUAGCUAAAGAUACAUCUGCUAUCAGUGGACCGGAGAAAGAUGAUGCCGCCACCGUGAAGGACUCAAAUGCAAACACUGACAAUAAGGUUUCUACAAAAGAAGAGAUGUUGGCUGAGGAAGAUAGAACUGAGAGGGAUGAAGAAGGGCCAGGAGAUGGUGAAGAGGAGACACUUGCCACCAGUGGAAAUGAGAAUAAGGAUGCAGACACCAUGAAGGACUCCAAUGAGUGUGUAGAAAUUGAUGAUGAGGUUUCUGCAGAAGACAUGACAACUGGGGAAGCUGCUGUAAACAUAAUAUCUGAAGAUGAAGAUGAAGAAGUUAAAGCCGAUGGUGAUAAGGAAAUACCUGCUACCUGUGAAGAUGUGGAGGAUGAGGCCGCCACUGAGAAUGAGGAUGCAAAUGCUGCUGCUGAGGUGACAGCCACAAGUGAACAUGAAUGUGAAGAAGAUGCAGAAUGGGGGGGUGUUGGUAAAGAGCAAAUGGCUUCUGCCAAUGGAGAAGAGAACUAUGAUGAUGUUCCCAAUGCUGCAGAAAAUGAGAUGAUAGAGGGAGCCAUCAUAGAAGAAGAUGAACAAGUAGCACAAGAACCCAUCAGUGGUGUAGAGGACUGUCCCGCUACUAGUGGAGAUGAGAAUAACGAUGCAGUGACUGAUGACAAGGUCGUUGCAAAUGAUGAGAUGAUGAGGGAAGAGGUUGAGGAAACAGCUGAAGCUGAAGAUAAAGUUGAUGGGCAAGUAGUGGCCAUGACAGAUGAAGAAAUGAGAGUCUGUGGUCAAGAAGAGAAUCCAGCUGCUAGUGGGAAUGAGAACGAUGAGGCAGCCACUGCAUAUGACAAUAUAAAUGCUGUCUGUGAAGUUGUUGUAGAAGAUCAGAUGAUAUGUCAAGAGGUUACUGUAACUGAAAAUGCAGCACUUGGAGAUGCCAUAAUAGCUGCCAGUGAACAGGAACCUGAAGAAAAUGAGGAAGAAAAAUCUUCUGCUACCAGUGGAGGAGAGAAUGAGGACUCAGUCACUGAGAAUGAGAUCACAAAUGCUGAUGAUGAUGUUGCUGCAGAAGAUGAGAAGAUGAGUGAAGAUGGUGCUGUAAGUGAUGAUAAAGAUGAAGAAGCGAGAAUCAGUGGUGAAGAAGAGCCAUCAAUGGGAAUGGAAAACAAUGAUGUUGAUUCUGAGAAUUACAACACAAAUGAUGAGGUUGCUGCAGAAGAUGAGAUUAUAAGUGAGGAGGUUGUCAAAGUAGCUGAAGUCAAUGAAGCAGCACAAGAUGAUGAUGGACCUGAGAAAGAUGAAGAAGAGAAAGUGAGUGCUGAAGAAGACACUCCUGCCACCAGUGGGGAUGAGAAUGCAGCCACUGAUAGUGAUAAUAAUGAUGCAGAAAACGAUAAUAUGAACGAAGAAGUUGCUGAAACAGUAGAAGAAGCAGCAGAAGAGACCACCAUGAUAGCUUCAAAUGAGGAUGAAUCUGAAAAAGAAGAAGUUCCUCGUGAUGAGGAGACUCAUGUCACUGGUGGAGAUGACAAUGAGGAUGCCGCCAAUGAUAAUGAUGAUGUUGCUGCAAAUGAUGAGAAGUUGAGAGAAGUGGUAAGAGAAACAGCAGCAGAAGAAGAAGAAUCGACCACCAUAAUAGUUACAAAUGAGGAGACUUCUGUCACUAAUGAAGAUGAGAAUGAGGAUGCUGCCACUGAUGAUGAGGUUGCUGCAGAAGAUGAGAAGAUGAGAAAAGAGGUAACUGAAACAUUAGAAGAAGAAGCAGAAGAGACCACCGUAAUGGCUACAGAUGAGGAGACUCCUGUCACUAGUGGAGAUGAGAAUGAGGAUGUCUCCACUGAUGAUGAGGUUGCUGCAAAAGAUGAGAAGACAAGUGAAGAGGAUGCUGAAACAGCAGAAGAUGAAGAUGAAGCACGGGAGGUCACCAUAGUAGAGGAUGAUAAAGAAGAUAGAGCAAGCGGAGAAGAAGAGACUCCUUUCAUUAGUGGAGAUGAGAAUGAGGAUGCAGCCAAUGAUGAUGAUGUUGCUGCAGAAGAUGAGAAUAUGAGUAAAGAGAUAGUAGAAACAGCAGAAGAAGAAGCAGAAGAGACCAUCAUGAUGGCCACAAAUGAGGAUGAAUCUGAGAAAGAAGACGUCCCUAGUGAUGAGGAGACUCCUGUCACAAGUGGAGAUGAGAAUAAAGAUACCACCAAUGACGAUGAUGUUUCUGCGGAAGAUGAGAAGACAAGUGAAGAAGUACCCGAAACAGCAGAAGAAGAAGCAGAAAACACCACCAUGAUGGCCACAACUGAGGGUGGACCUGAGAAAGAGGAAGAAGAAGAAAGGGAGACUCCUAUCACUAGUGGAGAUGCGAAUGAGGAUGAUGUUGCUGAAGAAGAUGAGAGUCUGAGGAAAGAGGUAACCGAAACAGCAGAAGAAGAAGCAGAAGACACCACCAUGAUCGCCACAAAUGAGGGUGGAUCUGAGAAAGAGGAAGACGAAGGAAGGGAGACUCCUAUCACUAGUGGCGAUGAGAAUGAGGAUGAUAUUGCUGAAGAAGAUAAGAAUACGAGUGAAGAGGUUUCUGAAACAGCUGAAGACAAAGAUGGAGCACAGGAGGUCACCAUGACAGAGGAUGAUGAAGAAGACAGAGCAAGUGAUGAAGAAGAGACUCCUGUCACUAUGGGAGAUGAUAAUGAGGAUGCCGCCAAUGAUGAUGAUGAUGAUGAGAAUAGGAGUAAAGAGAUAGUCGAAACAGCAGAAGAAAAAGCAGGAGAGACCUUAAUGACGGCCACAAAUGCAGAUGAAUCUGAGAAAGAAGAGGAAGAAGAAAAUAAGACUCCUGUCACUAGUGGAGUUGAGAAUGAGGAUGCCACCACUGAUGAUGAGGUUGUCGCAGAAGAUGAGAAGACGAGUGACGAGAUUGCUGAAACAGCUGAAGAUGAAGCAACAACAGUCCCAAGUGAGAAUGAAUUCAACAAGGAGGAAGAAGUCCCUGGUAAUGAGAAGACUCCUGUCACCAGUGGAGAUGAGAAUGAGGAUGCCACCACUGAUGAUGAGGUUGUCGCAGAAGAUGAGAAGACGAGUGAAGAGAUUGCUGAAACAGCUGAAGAUGAAGCAACGACAGUCCCAAGUGAGGAUGAAUCCAACAAGGAGGAAGAAGUCCCUGGCAAUGAGAAGACUCCUGUCACCAGUGGAGAUGAGAAUGAGGAUGCCGCCACUGAGGAUGAGGUUGCCGCAGAAGAUGAGAAUAUGAAUAAAGAGAUAGUCGAAACAGCAGAAGAAGAAGCAGAAGAGACCUUCAUGAUGGCCACAAAUGAGGAUGAAUCUGAGAAAGAAGAGGAAAAAGAAAAGAAGACUCCUGUCACUAGUGGAGAUGAGAAUGAUGAUGAGGUUGCAGCAGAAGAUGAGAAGACAGCUGAAGAGAUUGUUGAAACAGCUGAAGAUGAAGCAACGACAGUCCCAAGUGAGGAUGAAUCCAACAAGGAGGAGGAAGUCCCUGGUAAUGAGAAGACUCCUGUAAACAGUGGAGAUGAGAACGAAGAAGCUGUAGAUGAGAUGGAAGAAGACAAUAAGGAUGAGAAUGCAGAAGAGGGGAAAACUUUACCCGAGGAAGAUGAAGAAUUUGAUGAGAGCGGGAAUGAAGAGAAGUCAGGCAAUGAGGGAACAACAGCGGAACAAACGGAUGAGGACGAAGAGGAGCCUGCUGGCAUGUGUGGUACUGAUUUUGAUUCUCAUGCUCCCGCAGCUGGAGAUGAACAUAUGGCUGAGAAUGAGGCUGAAUGCACUAAUGAGGGGGCAGCAGAUGAGACGGAGCUCAAGGAUGAAGAGGAUGCUGCAACAAUUACGAAAGACUCUCAGGAGGAAGAUCCUGAAGAGGAACCUGCUGAAAACAAGGAAUCAGUGGCGACCUGUGAUGAAGAAGAGGAUGUAGAAACAAAAGUGGCUGAAGAUCCAGGUGGCAUCCCACAGGACGAUGAGGAGGAUGAGGUGACCAAUGAUGAUGGUCAAGAUAAUGUAGAAAAUUACGAAGACGACAACGUAACAAACAGGGACACUUUUGAAGUAUCUGAAAAAGAUGAAUUGUCCGCUAACCAAGGGGAGUCGGCCGACGGCGAAGACGAGGCAGAAUCCGAUGAUGCCGACGAAGAGGUGAAAGGAAGUAAGGACUUCAUCCCCAACAAGGCAGACAAUCAGGAGCCGGACCAGGCCAGGGAAACUACUACCUUAGUGGUAAACAACAGUUUGCUUAAAGUAAGCGCCGAGUCUGAGGACGGCGUCUACGCAGAUGGAGAAGACUCGGACACGGAAACCUUAAAGUCAGACAACAAGUGAUGUGGACAAGGACUGGAUGCAGUAUUCUAGGACUGGAUGCAGUAUUCUAGGACUGGAUGCAGUAUUCUAGGAUUAGAUGCAAUAUUGUAGGACUGGAUGCAGUAUUCGAGGAUUAGAUGCAAUAUUCUAGGACUGGAUGCAAUAUUCUAGGACUGGAUGCAGUGUUCUAGAACUAGAUGCAGUAUUCUAAGACUAGAUGCAAUUUUCUAUGACCGGAUGCUGUAUUAUAGGACUAGAUGCAGCAUUUUGGGACUGUAUGCUAUUCUUGGAGUGGAUGCCGUAUUCUGGGACUGGAUGUAGUAUUCUGGGACUGGAUGAUGUAUUCUAGGUCUGGAUGCAGUAUUUUGGGACUGGCUGCAAUAUUCUGGGACUGAAUGAAGUAUUCUAGGUGUGGAUGUAUCAUUCUCGGGGCGCUUCUACAGAUGCUGAGAGACACUGAAAGAAUGUACGAGUAUCACAACCACGACCUCCAUGACUAGGCAGCUCUGGGACAUAACCACCUUGAAAACUUGAAGGAAAACUUGAAUUCACUUGUGUACUACAUGUGUACUAAUACUCACAACCUGCACCUCCCUUUAGACACACCUGCACACACUGGCUACUGUGUUAGGUACACUGAAGAUGAACACAAUCAUGCAUUCCAUGUGAGACAACUCUAGUAUUGGAUCUCAUUAGGUGUACCUAAUAUUGUGGCCAUUACAAGUAUAUAUUUGCACAUAUACUGUACUCUAGUAUUUCCUUUUUAAAAUGAUACAUUUUGUUUUCUUUGUUGGGAUUUUUUUAGUGUUUCUUUAAAAAGCCAUGAAUAAUUAUCAUUUUGAACGCUUCAAAGUACCACAGUGUGAGUAUUCAAACGGGAUGCACAUAUCAGUAGAGUAGACAAAUGUAUGCUUUCAUAACUAAAAGCUUCAUACCGUGUGGAGGCAAAUAUUACCUCAACUAAAUGUACUGCACUUUUUUUUGUCUGUGGAUUAAAAUACAAAUGCAC